CAUCCCGUGCCCACUGCCCACUGCCCAGCCCCAGUGCUGGCCUCGUGCGCCUCCACCUCGUCGCCUCCGCCGCCUCGACCCCGCCACCGCCGAGGCGGAACCCGCAUGGCCGCCGACGUGCUGUCCACCGUCCGGUGGGCCACCGCGUGCGCGGCGCUGCUCAACGCCGCCGUGGCAUCCACGGGCGCCGCCGUCGCGGCCCUCGCGCUCCGCCGCUGCGGCGGGGGUGGCGCCCUCGGCCCGGCCGCCGCCGUCGCGUCCGCGGCAUCGGCCUCGAGGCUCCUCGCCUAUGCGGUGGCGGGGUUCGCGCAGGGCGCCGCCGCCUCAGCUAUCGCCGCCGGUGCCAUCGGGGCCCACGUCGACAGCGAGCGCGACCUCCGCCAACUCUCCCGCCUACGGUACAAGAGAUGGCUUUGGUGGACACGAUUUGGAAUGAUCAUUACAAUGCUGCAAUUUGUAUUGGCAAUUUAUUUGAUGUGUGCCAUCAUAAAGGAUGUCUUAGCCGAAGGGUCUUUAAAACAGUGCUUUUCAGGAAAAAUUCAGAACAACAAGGAGUGGAAGCGCAUCUUGUUAAUAGUUUUUCUUGUCAGUAUGUGGGUGGCAAUUGUAGUUCAGUGUGUCACUGGUUCUGAUGUACUAAGGUGGAGAUCAUUUUAUGCAUCACAUGAUAUUGCGUGGAGGGCUCACUACCGGGAGGUGUUUGAUCAUGGAAUCCGUGAAGUUUUGUGCUGUCUAGGGCGGGUCAAGUAUUCGAGUGUGUUGGAAGAUGAUGACAUAUGUGUCGUGGCACAGUUAUUGGGUGAUCUUAUGGCUUAUCGCGCUUCUGGAACUGGUCAUCUUGAGCUUGUAGCAGGUCUUUCACUACUGCAGAAAUCUAAGUUGUCCACUGUUACUUCAAAAGAAUUAGUGGAGGCUCCUCAAGAUCUCAUCCAAGAGGCUGUUCUCUUUCAUCCAUUUGCUGAAGCUGCCUAUACAGGUCCACUGCUUGAUUUUGGAAGGAAUCCUCUUAUGUUUCCUUGUGUGUGGCUCAAUAGGCAAGGUGUUUUGACUCCAUGGACUCGUGCUAGACGACCAAUACUUGAAGGCGAUAACUGCUGGAGAGGGCAUGCAGCUGCUUUCCUAAAAUAUGCCAAUGUGGCCCCGGAAGUCCUUCGGAAAGGUCGUGUUAGCCAGGUAAAUCAGCUCAUCCUCUUACCAAAUUAUAGUUUACAGUUUUGUUGUGAUCAAGUUCUUUUCUUUUUUUUAAAGAUGAGUUCUCUUCUUUUCUGCUUGCAGACGAAACGCGAGGCUGCCUAUUUUGUUAUUGUCUUACAUGAUUUGAGUACAGUAGUCAUUGCUAUCCGUGGAACUGAGACACCAGAAGAUGUUAUAACUGAUGGCUUGUGUAAGGAAUGUUCCCUUACGAUGGAUGACUUGGAUGGGUUGAUCAAUUCUGAUCAGUUGUCCCCUCAACUGAAGAAUACCGUUCUCUCAUCUUUUCCACACUAUGGACAUGCAGGAAUUGUUGAAUCAGCUCGAGAGCUGUACACAGUACUUGAGGGACAGCCCAUGCAUCAAGAUAAGUCAGACACAGUGACAGCUGGAUUCUUAUCUUCUCUUCUUGGGGAUGGUUGUGAGUGCCAUGGAUACAAUAUUGACAUUGUUGGACAUUCUUUAGGAGGUUCUGUAGCUGCACUUCUUGGUAUUAAGCUAUACGGACAAUUCCCGAAAUUACAUGUGUAUGCAUAUGGAGCCGCACCAUGUGUGGAUUAUGUGAUAGCAGAUGCAUGCUCACAAUUUGUUACCAGCAUAGUCCACAAUGAUGAAUUUUCUGCACGAUUAUCCAUGAACUCAGUGAUUAGAUUGCGUGGUUUGGCUGUCAAGGCUCUGUCAAAGGCUUCGCCCAAUUCUGCUAAAGUGGGUAAACUAGUUGGUGGGAUGAUGAAUGCCAGAACGGAUGAGAAAAAUGCCAUAGAGCAUUGUGCUCCAAUUGGUGCUCUGCAGAUAGUCAGUGAGGCUAAGCUAAGUAAUGAUAAAAUGCAUGGAAGGAAUCCAAUGCAUACAAUAAGAGGUGGCUUAUUUCUCUUUGGCAAAGCAAUAUCUUGCUUGGUAAAUACCCCAAAAUAUCGAGUUAGCUCCACAGCAGCAAUUAAUUAUGAGUUGGGCAGAUCUAGAAUGACUACUGCCAGUGAUGGAGGGAAAUGCAUUGUUGCACCCCGUGGUUCUUUGGAUGUUUCACACUGUAGAGAAUCUAGAGAUGAUCAGUUUCAAGAAGAUUACUUUUAUGAAUGCGGUGAGGGGUACAGACUGUCUCGUUUAAAUAAUGGUACCGAACUCACAUCUGCUUCAAAUGACCACAUCAGUACAAUAAGCUCAUCUGAAGGACAGUCACCAGAGGUUUAUCUUCCAGGCCUUGUUGUUCAUGUUGUUCCAGUAAAGAAAAGUACUUCUCCAUUGCAGAAGACAACUGUGACUCGUCGCAAGAAUAGGAGCUACAAAGCAUUUAUCGCUAAUCGGAAAGACUUUAUGGACCUUGUUGUGUCGCCUCGCAUGUUCCUUGAUCAUCUCCCUUGGAGGUGUCAGUAUGCGAUGCAAAAGGUUAUAGAAGCACAGAAACGGGAGCAGCUCAUCCAUGAUUCGUCAGCUGCAGAGGACGCUGUAUGAAUCUAUUAGCUGCGCUUGCCUUCUUUGUUGUACAUACGUUAGGUAAUUAGGAUCACCUGCUCUAUGUGCAAUAUCAGUCUUCGGUGCAUUAUUGUCUGUAAGUAGAUGAGGAUUACUCUGAUCUCAGCAUCGUUGUACACAGCCUUGGAUAGGUUUGCUCUGAGAUCAACGAUACUGGCUCUGUUAUUAAUGAAGCCAGCGUAGUAGAUUAUAACCACCAGUAUAGUAGGUUAGAGCAUAUAUAUAGCAUCAAAUUUGGUUACAACAGCAUUGUAUAGGCUUUGCUCUGAGAUGAACCACAAACCGGCAUUGUUAUUUAUGAAAUUGGAGCGGUAUCAAUCAGUGCUGUAACUUAUAUCAAAUUUAUGAAAUUUCGUUAUUUAUGAAAUUGGAGUAGCAUGAAAUUGAAAUCUGA